AGGUGGCUAAUUUUUGUAAUAAAAGGCGGAAGGUGGUAUAGACAGGGUGGUUGAAGUCUGUUGGCGACUGUAUAAUACAACUCAAGUCGACUUGUACUAGUCUAGUGUCACCACUCUGCAUUUUACUCACCGGGGUGAAAUGAGAUGCUAAUUUCUCUAUCAUUGAUGCGGGAGACAAGACCCAGCCUUUGAUGCCCGCAACUUAUCUGACUGUGGAUCCCCCCGGAGGGAGACUUGGAUUGUGAUAAACAUCAGCGGGAGCUGCUCCGAGCAUAACGGUAGAAGCUUAUGACAGUUGCGUUCAGAACGGCUAAGCCUUGCACAAUCUGGGCACAGAGAAGUGUGGGGUGAGAAGAAAUAAAAUCAUCACAUGUUCAAAAGCCACGUUGUAUGACUGGAGUCUUACACCCCUUGCUGUAAAUACAAGGUUUUAUUAAUUCUUCUGUCAGCGGCGGAACUCCAUUGCAAUGAUUUGUCUCUGCGUCUUCAAAACCCUCAAGUAUUGACCAAAUAUCGGAUGGAAAUCAAUUUGUUGUGACAACAUCUCGAGGAUUAAUGAUCGGCGUGCUGCGAUUGUUGGAUGCGUCCAAAGUGGACACCAAGGCGUCUAAGAGACUAGUCCAAGACGGAACAAAUUCCAAUAAUAUUUCACAAAUUACCAAUCUUCACACAGGAGAGUACACCAUUUGUAACACUCGAGGGAUCUCAUUCUUUCUCCCGAGACCUGGAUGGUAGUGUGACGUUGUGUCAUACUUGAAAACUAGAGUUUGGUAGUUCUUGAUAUAAAAAAAACAACCUCGCACAGUGAAGUGGCGAUUUGAUUAACUUGGAUAUAUUUGACAGUGUGUAAAGUCCAACUACAUUUCGUCUUGUGAAGAAGGUAUACUUUUCAACAAGAACUCUCGUCUAAGCAUCAUGGCGACUGCGACCACCGCCUACCCGUACUCGCUUAUAGAUAGCAGCCUUCCACCGGUCAAUUCUACUUUCUUAGUGACCAGUAUUGUGGAUGUAAACUCGACGAACUCUUCGUUGAUCACGGAGGAUUUUGACGAUGACCGUAACAGGGGCGUCCGGAUCGGGUUCGGGUUGAAUAUCUACCUGACCGCUACGCUGUACGGUAUCGUCUUCGUGCUGGCCAUCGUGGGCAACAUCUUGGUUCUCGUCACGCUGGCCCAGGAUAAGAGGAUGCGUACGGUGACCAACAUGUUCCUGCUGAGCCUGGCUUUUAGCGAUCUCCUCUUUGGUAUAUUCUGCAUGCCGUUUACGGUGGUUGGGAACAUGCUUGGACGAUUCGUCUUCGGAGCUGUUAUUUGCAAAAUCGUACCGUACAUUCAAGGUAUAUCAGUCACAGUGUCCGUAUGGACCAUGGUCGUCAUAUCACUGGAGAGGUAUCAUGCCAUCUGCAACCCUCUGUCGUCACGUGUCUGGCAGACAAAAGCGCACGCGUACAAGGCCAUAGUUGGGGUGUGGAUGGUGGCUUUGUUUCUCAAUCUACCAGCGGUAAUCUUCAGCAAGUUAUUCUCGUUCAACAGCGGCACCGUAUUCAGAUGCGAUGAGAUUUGGCCUGCUACACUCUAUCGAACAAUUUAUAGGAUGUGUUUGUUUGUGAUUCUAAUGGUGGCUCCACUCUUCACGAUGCUCACUGCUUAUGGCCUUAUCAUCCGAGAGCUACGUAGAGGCAUGAAGCUUGAACAAUGUGGAGCUGAUAAUGAGAAAAGGGAGAACGGAAUAGCAAUGAAGAACAUGGGAGACGAAGCCUCCUGUAGCCUCAACGAGAAAAAAACUAAGAAAUCCGACAAAAAGCCGGCACAAGCUACGAUGCGGAGCACCUCAACCAGCGGGGCCAAGAAACGCGUCGUCAAGAUGCUCAUCGUCAUCGUGGCGCUGUUCUUUGUCUGCUGGACACCAUCUUGGGUCGGCAACAUCUGGAUCAUGAUCUCUGAGAAGAGCGCCAGCGAGCACUUCGGCCGGGCCGAGGUGACCAUCUUCAAGCUGAUGACGUACGCCUCGGCGUGUGUCAACCCCAUCGUCUACUGCUUCAUGAAUAAGCGUUUCCGACAGGGCUUCCUCAACGCGUUCUCAUGCGGCCGGAGAGGACGCGCGGGGGACCGAGCCACGGCGAGCGGUGACGUCAGCCGAUUUCAGUCGACACGGCGCACAAAUGUGCCGCGACCUAGCCCAACGAAUUACACUAACGUCUCGUCGGACUCUUCGGUGUAGCUUGGCGUCGGGAGAGGCUAACUAGCAGUCCUGGAACUUCAUCUUUUGACCUUGUUCAAAAGGCAUCGCCAGUUUCAUUUUUGCAAAGGGCAUUUCCAUUGGAAAAUCUCAAAGUCAAUGGCAAACUUUUGAAGGGCACCAAGGCCAAGACCAGGGGCAACAGAGGCUGAGAACUCUGUGGCAUGGGUGUAGUUCCAGGCAUGUACUAGCACCUCCCUUACUUGGUUGACCAAGUGAGGCAGGUUAUCCACGAUUGUGUCAUUUUUUGGGCCACACGGCUAUAAAGGUAGUCAGAGAUAAAAGAUAUGUGUAUAGAUUUGUGUGGAGCCAUCAAAAUACUUUCAUUAGUUUGUUGAUAUGGUCCUCCCGACACAUUGAAAUGGACAUCUUCAAGGUCCAAUUUAUUUAUCUUCCCAAGGGAUAUGGCAUUCUGGCUUGUUUUACAUAAAAUUAGAAGUUGCAGGAAUGGUAAAAUAUCCAUUUUGAACUUCUACUUGGGGGUCAAAAACUAAAUUUAUGAACGCUGCAUACGUUCAGGCGCAGAAGUUAUAAAAUAACUUGAUACAGGAUGGCAUUAUGCGGUCAAUGAGCUUUGGUGUUGAUUUUUGAAUUUUUUGUUUGUUUUUGUCCCGCACUAAAAUUUGAUCGCAAAGUUUUUUAAUUCUGACCAGCAGUCUUGCAUGCUUGGCAUUUUUUAUCUCCAAAGCCAAACCUUUCACAAUCAUACAGAUUGUUUGGUUUGGUUUGAUUUUGGUUUUGAAUAUCAUUACUACCGACAUGUUCGACAUUACAUGUUUACAAGAAAAAAAACAUAGAGUCUGGACUUCCUGCAGGCAUGAUUUGUACACAGCCCACUGGAGGAACAAAUCAAAUGGGUUGUGUUAUGACGUUUGCACUGUCCGAUAUAAUCAACUAUACAAAAUCUCAAAAAAAUUUCGGUCAUUUUAUAUUAUUGUACUUUGAGUCUAGCUCUUAAUUGAACUUUUAGCAAACUUAAAAGUUUCCCAAACUAGUCCUUAUGAUCAAAGUAGUACCUUGCCUUCCAGAGAGACUCUGGGUGUACAAUAUUAAUCUUUUUGUAAAUAAAGUGUAAAUGGUAUAUAUAAAGAGUGGCCAAACACAAACAAGUUUAGUUUUUAAAACAAAUUUGGGUACACGCACUGUUGUAAUUUCUGCUAUAAUAGCACUGUUGUAAUUUCUGCUAUAAUAGCAGAAAGCUUAUAAAUGUUAAGAGUAAAACCCCAUAGUUUAAAAAGGGGCUCGGUUUUUAACAGUAUUAUUUGCUUGCAGCACUUCUCUUACAAUAGACCGAUCCAGUAGGCUCCGCCCACAACGCUUGUGUGAGCAAGAACACGUGGGGCUCUCCAAUGCC